CAACUCCCCCCCCUUCCCGGCCCCGAACCACGAACGGCGUUGGUGAAAGAGAACGAUCCCGUUCCCACGUCAUGGGUGGCACCGAUUAUAAAUAUGGUCCCACCGAGUCCAUGGUCGCCUGCCAGCCUCAGAUCGCCCCAGAAGAAGGCUCCGGCUCUUGGCUCAGCCGCACGCCCCGGGAGGGCUCGAACUUUUCAGGGGGCGUGUGGGCGAGGACAGGGCCGGGCUCGCACCCACCGGAGGGGAAGAAGAGCCGGGGGGGUGACCUCCGAGAAGGCGGACACCGAAGGAGCCGCACUGCUCGAGCGGAUGAUGGAGGCGCUGGCCCUCCUGGCGUGGCUCUCGCUGUGGCUCUUCAGGGCCACCGCGGGGCUCCCCGGCUCUCCAUGCGAGCCGGUGCGCAUCCACAUGUGCAGGCACAUGCCCUGGAACAUCACCCGCAUGCCCAACCACCUGCACCACAGCACCCAGGAGAACGCCGUCUUGGCCAUCGAGCAGUACCAGGAGCUGGUGGACAUCGGCUGCAGCCCGGUGCUCAGCUUCUUCCUCUGCGCCAUGUACGCUCCCAUCUGCACCGUUGAGUUUCUCCACGACCCCAUCAAGCCCUGCAAGUCCCUGUGCCAGCGAGCCCGAGACGGCUGCGAGCCCAUCAUGAAGAGGUACAACCACAGCUGGCCCGAGGGCUUGUCUUGCGACGACCUGCCCGUCUACGAUCGCGGGGUCUGCAUCGCGCCCGAGGCCAUCGUCACGGAUCUGCCCGAAGAAGAUGUGAAGUGGAUUGAUUUAUCUGACGAUGUGAUGGUCCACGAAAAACCUCUGCUUUCCGGAUGCAAGACCUCAAACCUCGAUCGCUGCAAGUGUAAGAAGGUAAAGCCCAUGCUAGCGACGUAUCUGACCAAAAACUACACGUACGUUAUUCAUGCUAAAGUAAAGAGAUUGGAGAGAGGAAGCUGCAAUGAAAUCACCACAAUGGUUGACGUGAAAGACGUACUGAAAUCUUCAACUCCAGUUCCCCGUUCUCUUGUUCCUCUGCAUACCAAUUCUUCCUGCCAAUGCCCGCCUCUUCUACCAAAACAGGAUGUCCUAAUUAUGUGCUAUGAGUGGCGCUCAAGAUUGAUGCUUCUUGAUGGGUGCUCAGUUGAAAAAUGGAAGGACCCAUUAAGUCAAAGAUUUAAGAGAUGGGAACAGCGACUCCAAGAACAUAAGCUACGAAGAGCCCCAAAUAAAAACCAGAAUGCUAGAAACUCCGGUCGCAGUGGGAUGCCAAAGCAAAACUUGAAGAACACCAACCCAGCGCUUACUAGUCCCAAGAAGAUCAAUAAACUCAGAAGUGACCAGAAAGAAAGAAAUUCCAAAAAUAUAUGAAUCUUCCCAUGACAAAGGUUACAAGCUGGUUAGAGUGGUAUAGGAAUAUUUCAUGAACCCAUCAACAUAAACAUGCAGUGUUGUAUUCCAGACAGACAUUAUUUGCAGCAAUCUACUUUUAAACGAUUUGUUUUAAGCCACAGAUACAGCUUUGCAUUAACAUGUGGUGGGUUGAUGAAAGCCAAUUGUUAUGUUUAGCAUGUGUUUAGCACAACCAGUCAUAGUUUACCAUUAAGCAUCUGGAUAGGUUUAGGCUCCCAUGACUUAAACAUGUGUGUGGCAGAAAUUGGUCUACAUACAUACGAAGUCUGGCUUUGCACAUGUGCUCCAAAAGGGACAGCCACUAUUAUUUUCCUCUCUAUAGUGAGCCCCACCAGGCACAGUGGACAAUAUCAUCUUUCGGCAUUCAUUGUAACAAUUAUAGCAAAAGAGGAGCCACACCCUCCUCUUUCUCUGGUGUUGUUCUGCAGAAGUGGGUGGGAAUGAGAUGCCAUGUGCCAGAUAUGUGCUGCACCCUCUCAGCAUAGCCUGUGGCUGCCAUGUCAAAACAGCUUUGCCAUCAAAUUGUAUGUUUGUGUUUAGCAAAAACAUCCUAAAUCAAACUUCUUUUUACUUUGGAUCAGGUUUUGUUAGAAUUGUUAAUUGUUGUACUUCAAAAUCGGUAUGGGGGGCUAAUUGAAAGCUUAGGAAUUAUAUCUACAUAUUUGCCACAUGUAGCUUCAUGUACAGCCUCUGCUGACUUCUUUUCAGUAGAGCAGCUUACUUCCACCCCACUGUUCCCACACCCAUUGCACUACAGUAUAUGAGAAGCUGCUAUUGAACCCACACCCCCAUCCCAUUCGAUGCAGCAGAGACUGGAUGCUGCUAUUCAUGCCCUAUGAUCAUGAUUCAUAGCUUUAUACAAACCAGGUCAGGUUUUCCUCUUUGGGUUGGUGUUGAGGUUCUUUGUCUUCUGUAUCUGACACUGGGAUUCAGUUGUGCAUGUAGGAUUUUUGGACUGUGGUCCCACAGUGUUUACAUAAGUCCCACUGGUUCUACAUUAUGAGUAUGAUCCAGAGAUAAGCACACAAAAGGUCACUUAGCUGGGCAUUUUUGUUUACAGUUACAUUCCUGUAGAAUUGCCAAUCUGCAACCUGUGUUCUAAACACUGGGGUGCUUUUUAAAAGAUAAUUUGAGUUUUCAUCAAUGGGAAGUUCUGAAAUGUAAAUGUAAGCAAAAUAUCUGGCUGUGCAUGGUUGCAUGAGAGGAUCUUGUGGGGCUGGGACCAAUGUGUUUAGUAUCGGGGGAAAGUCUUUAGUCAAAGCAAGCUCACAAAAGCUUCUUGUUUUUACAGGAAGAAAUAAUUUAAUUUCUUGCUCCCUAAUUUUAAAGGCAUUUACCUGUAAGGGGUACAUACUUCACCAUGUUUUCCCCCCGUUAUCCAGGCAAAUCUGGUUUCCUCCCGCUUUUGCUAAUUCUGCAAGUUUUUAUGUAGUGCCAGUUGUGCAAAGUGCUGAUUGGCUGGCAGCUGAAUGUGCACAACUAUGUUUGGCUGUUAUGUGUGAUCUCUCCUCCUUUUCCUGUCCCCAGAGUGCUUAAUAUUUUAUGUGGAUUUUUUUAAAAAACAAAAAAGGUAUCUCAUGUACAUCCAUAUGUUUAUCCAUUCAUCUGGCAGCAUGUUACUGUUUUUUAAGCAAAAUCCAUUUGCAAAAUUGGUUUAGGAGAGGGUUUUAUAGCUGAAAGCCAAUCGGUCUGGUGCAAGCUGACUCUGCUGCAAAACCCACUAUUGUCCUUCAUCCUCGAUCCUGGAGGGGCAUAAGUAUGUCUGCCCAGAACUCAGUGAAUACACUUGUAAAGUGUAGCAACAUCUGUUUCAAACAUUUCAGUGUAUGCUAUUUUAAGAAAUAUU